AUGGCAUCCUCAGCGCUGUUGCGCCCCUGGUCGCGGCUGCUGGCGCCCAUGCGCGGCCCUUCACGGUCCAAGUUCUACGUGCAAGAGCCGCUGCACGCCCAGCCCAACUGGCCCAAGGUCGUGCUGAGCUUGGCCGUCUCGGGCCUCCUGUGGUUCAACAUCACACGACAUCAAGAAGAUCUUUUAGAGUAUGAAAAAAGAAAUGGAUUAGAAUAA